AUGUCAUCAGAUCAACUGAGCUAUGAAUCAAUCAUUUGUAACAUUCGCAUUUCUUCCAUUUGGGUUAAGAUGAAAUUUAGUGUACUACUGCAUCGAAAUUUAAGAAAUAAACGUAGUUUUGAGCCAAAAUCAUCAAUGACAUUAAUGGAUGUUCGGUUAUACCAGAAAUGUUGCAAGCGAUCUCUUUCAUCAAAACAGUUAAUAUAUGAAAAAUAUGGUCAUCCAGCAAAUGUGCACCGAUCAAUCCAGCGAAUACAAACAACUGCAAGGAGUUUAUCCACGAAAGCCACUAUUACUGCUGUUAGUGAAAUGGAAGGUUUUGGUUCUUUUUUUUUGAAGAGUGCUGUUGCUGGAGGACACUCGGAAAUCACUACGAAAAGAAUCUUUUUAAAAUUGCUUGAUUCAGUAGCUGCACUUCAGGUUAAUUCUCCGGCAGCCUACAGAAUGCUGAAGGACUUUUAA